AUGAAAGAGGAGAAGAAUCACAUUAAUUAUGUGAGCAAUGGAAAUUAAAUUAAGAUUAAUAGUCAUAAAUUGAACAAUAUAAGUUUGCAAAAUUAAACUAAGAAAUGGUUUUAUAAAAACCUUGAAUUAAUGAUAUAACUAUUAUUUAAACAUAAUAAGGAAUAUUUUUAUAUUUUGUUGAAUAAUAUGAUUAAAACAAUUAAAAAAAUAAAUAAAUUCAUCAAAAUUUCAACUUUGACUUUAGAUCAACUCUCAAAUGAAAAUUUUAGAGCUUUGUGUCAUUCAAUUAAAUAUGCAACGUAUUAAAACGAAGAUUUUAAAAAAUAAUCUAUUUAAUAUCAUAUAAUUUUUUUAGUUACUCUAUAUUUCUUAUGCUUUCUCGUAAGUUCAUGA